UAAUCAUCACGCAACAGAUGGCUUACCCUAACUACCAUGGGGGAUUGAAACCCCAAAAUUUUCUUAGAAAUUCCAACUGGUCAGUCUGCCUUUUUGUUUUGAUUAUAGCACAUUUGGGACCACCAGUGAACGGCAUGGAGGGCAUACCAGCUAUCACGCCUGAGCAACACAUUCGUUGUUCCCAGUCUUUAUCUGCUGGUGAACGGGAGUAUGUUGAGAAGAGGAAGCAAGUAGUUGUGGAGUCACUCAACAGGCUGGGCAUCAACUGUACAGAGGACUCAGUUCCCCACAUAGCCCUGCUGGCAUCAGGGGGAGGACAGAGAGCAGCGGUGGCUCUUAUGGGAUCCCUCCAUCAGAUGGAGCAAGAUGGUCUGCUGGACCCCCUGCUCUACCUGGGAGGAGUGUCUGGCUCCACAUGGUCUAUGACCUCCUUGUACAGUGACCCUUGUUGGAGUGGUAACAUGGAGCAAGCAGUGUCCAGGCUGACCGGUCCUGGUGUCCAGCUGGAAGACUCUCUGGACUGGUUGGAAGAGAGGAUAAAGGAGGAAGACUUCUCUCUUACUGACAUCUGGGCAGUCAUUACCUCCGCUGGUAUUAUGAACCAGAUGGACCGACGUCGUCUGUCAGAUGAGGCCAGUAGAAAUGUCACGAACCCUUACCCCAUCUACAGCGCUAUAGAGAAGCACUGCUAUUCCCAUGGGCCUAUAGAAGGUAAAUGGUUUGAGAUAACUCCUCAUGAGUCUGGCUUCACAGAGUUGGGUCUCUUUGUAAAAACUUCUCAUCUGGGCAGCCGCUUCCAGGCAGGAGAGCUGAUGGAGGAGAGGCCCGAAAUGGACAUGGUCAGACUACAAGGUAUUAUGGGUUGUGCUGUUGCUCAUGAGGAGACCAUCAGAGACUUGACACCUCCCUGGCUACACGUGCCAGGGCAGAUAGACGAUGCAGGUGACCAGUACCUGCAUGUGUACCACAUUCUCAUCAAGCUGACAGCCCUGAUCAGAGCCAACAUCAGAGAUCCUUCACGCCUUGCCGAGCUGGAUAACCUGCAGAGAAUAUUGGAAGAUGAGAUAAACCAAAACAGAUCAUCUCUGCUGGAGUCAAAGAGUCCAGAGGAAAGACAACAACUUUUUCAGAUUUGGACUUUGGAGCUGAUAAGGGCUGUAGAGACUUGGAGUGAAAGUCUGGAGGAAGGACUAUUCAAAAAGCGUGUCUCUUGGCUGACUAAACAUGCACUUCCUCUGAUUCUGAAAUGGGAAUGGGGAAUGACCAGAAACUUCCUCUACAAUUACCAAGAUAGUGCAGUGCCACCCUGUCUCCACAUGAAGGAAAGCUUCCUCCUGAUAGACGCAGGCCUGUUGAUAAAUGUACCUUACCCUCCUUUCCUGGGGGACAAGAGAGACAUAGACCUCAUCAUAGCACCGGAGUACAGUGCAGGGAACAUGUUUGAGACCCUGACCCUUGCCAGAGACUAUGCAGCCAAAGUAAAGAAGCCUUUCCCCAAGAUUGAUGACAAGGUCCUGGAGGAGAAAGACUGGCCAAAGGACUGUUACGUUUUUGAGGGCAAACAGAAAGAACCCACCAUCAUUUUCAUGCCUCUCUUCAACAGACAGAACUGCAAAGAUGCAGAAGAGGUGAGCAAGAAGAUGGAGGAGUACUCCACUUUUCAGCUUCCUUUUACCCCCGAUAAGAUUGAGUUUCUGUUGGAGACAGCUAAAGCCAACAUGAAGAACAACAAGGACAUCAUACUGAGGGAGGUCCACAAGGCUGUACAACGCAGAGAGAGCAGGAGGAACUCUGACAUUUCAUCUUAAUGGCAGCUGAAUACAAUCGGGAUUCUCAGUUUUGUUGCUUUACGCUGUAGUAACCAAAUUCAAACACUAGAGGUCAGGCUAUGGCUUCUUUUCCUGCUCACUAAGCGCAUGUAUGGUGUCAUGUUAAAACACACCACCAAAACUUGACCACUUGCUCAGUUCAUGAAAGACUUGUAUUUUAAUAUCAGUUCAAAGCUAUGAUAAUCUCUUAUGAAUUUUAUAAUCCAUUACAAUCAUUAUGAGGAGAGAAUAGCAACACAUAUAGAAUAGCAUGAAGAGUAGGAGACAGGCUUUAGGAUUGUUCUUAGGAAGUGAAGAUAAACAGAUUGUGGGAAAAGGGUUUUAAAUUCAAUACCAGGUGGCAAUAUCUAUUAUUUUGCAGACAAGGUGUAUGGUACAUAUAAUCUAAGAUGCACAAACAACUCACACACCAACACCUCAGUGAACAGGCUCUCGCACUGACCUGGUUGAAGUUGAAGUCAAGGUCUACAAGUGCUGGAAAUGCAUACAGAUUGGUCAAACAAUCUGGAACAAACUGCCGGAGACUUGUUUGAGAUGACGGGCAGUACUAACCAACGCCUCCACAGACUCAUCUUAUCUGGAGCUCAGAGAUGCCUUAUGCACUUCCUGUUAAUUGUUUACCUGCAGUGAAUA